CGCAGAACGGCCGGGUUUGUUGUUGCCGGCACCUUUCAAUUGCACCAGUGUGGUGGUGUUUCAUUUUCUUAGUUUGACUCGAUUUAAUCAAGUUUCAAGCAUAAUUAUGAGCGUGAGAAUGAUGGAUAAUCGACACUACUUUAAAAAUAUCGAUAAUUUCUUUUGUUAUCCAAAAAAUGGAAUGAAACAUAUUUUUUGUACGCAAUGUAAAGGGAGAUUUUGUAUCAAAGAUUUAAAGAAUGUAACAAAAGGACCACAGCUUCCGCUAAUUCGACAUUGUGGUCAUGCAAUAUGUGAACAUUGUGCCCAAGGUUAUGCUAUGAAGCCAUGUUUAAUCUGCAAAAAUAUGCCUAAACUAUCCAGAGGUGAUGACUUUUUUCCACUUCCUAUCAAUGUUUACAUUGUUGGAUUGAUGUGCGUUCAGAUGUCUCGGCCAGUGAAGAACAACGUCAACGAGAAAGAUUUUACAUUUCGAAAGUCUUUACGAUCUCAAAUACGUGAAAUACAGUCAGAUAAUUGCGUCGAGUGCGGUGGUACUGCGUCAUCGCGAUGUAUACAAUGUUCAGCUCUGUAUUGCUCUAAGUGUUUUGUUAAGUUUCAUACAUUUCAAGCCAGCAAACAUCAUAUUGCAGAACCGGUAACGCCAUCGAAAAGAAAAAAAAUAAAAGACUUGAGUGUGGAUUGUCCAGAGCAUCCUUAUAACAAAAAUAAGCAUUGGUGUAAUGAUUGCAAAUUAUCGUGCUGUUCAGAUUGUGUUAUCAAUUGUCAUAGAAAUCAUUCAACUUUACCGUUAAAGCAAAUGAACAUGGCAAACAGAGAAGAAUUUGUAGAAGCUUAUAACAUAGCAGUAGAAAUUCUUCAGAAGACUGAAGCAGCAAAAAAGAAAGUCGACCAGGUUCUGAACAAUGAAGAACAGUUUGAUAAUGUCGGAAAUGUUGAAAAAGAUAUCAAUCAGCAUUUUGUAUACUUACAUGGUGUUCUACAAAAUAUUGAAGAAGAAUUAAUGAGGAAAGUUGAAGGACGACGUAAUCAUCAUAAACAACAUUUGAAUGUGAUUCAAUCUGAAUUACAGAAGUUAGAAGACCAGAUACGAGAAGCUAUUUUGACGGCUAAUAUAGCAAAAGAACAGUCUGAUUGUGUUAAUCAUACAGUUAUUAUUGAGCAACUAAAAGAGUUCACCAAAGCACGAUGUCAUUUCGUAGAAACUUUAACCGAAAAUCAAUGUGAUAUCCAAUUUUACACCAACUCAGAUGCUAUUGUGAAAGAAUUGCAAAGACACUGUGUAUUGGAAGUAUCACAAAUGCCAGAAAAGUUUCAUUUAGUUUCAGAACAAAAUUUACCUGAGAAUUAUCAGUUAGAACCUCUUGAAGAAGACAAAUUGGAUGUUCCAAAACUUUAUCCAGUAGCAGAAUUACCACCAUUAUCACCAUCACCAUCAAAUUCAUCACUAUCUCCAUUUCCGUUAUCACCAACGUCGGGAUGUUCAACUGGAUUGAACGGAUCUUUCAUAAAACCACAAGUUAAUCUUUCCUCAGAGCCACAAAUAUCAAAAGGAAUAGAAGUUAUAAUAACUUACAUUGAACACCCUCAAUGUUUCUAUGUCCGAGAAAAAUCGGAUAAUAAAAUUUUUGGAGAGAUACAAGAAAAAUUGGAACUGUAUAAAAUUAUGGAUUCCUGUAUUCCAACUGAAGUUGAACUAAAUGAAAUUUAUGUCGUUCUACAUGGACAAUCUCACAAGUGGUACCGUGGGAGAGUUGUGAAUAAACAAUUGAAUCCAGAUUAUAAUACAUAUAUGUAUGAUAUAUUUGAUAUUGAUCAAGGAUUUACUGAAUAUUCAGUGAAUGGAAUAAAAUUACGUAUAAUGAAUGAAGAAUUGCUCAGCAUACCAUCAACUGUACGAAAAGAAUCAUUAUUUGACAUAGUACCAAUGAACGAAAAAUGGACUCCAGAAAGUAAAGAGGCUAUGGAACAUUUAAUUGAGUGUGAAACAGGAAAUCCAAUAUUGUAUUAUGUUGAUUCAGAAAACAAAAUAGGCACUGAUAUUUUGAUUCCUUCACCUACUACAUAUCCAUUAUCUGUUCGAGAUGGCUUAAUAUUUUUAGGACAUGGAAAGUUUAUAUCAAAAGAAAAGCUAUUUAUACUGAAUCCAUUGUCAACAAAUGCAUUCACUUAUGAGACAUUACCUCUAGAACAAUAUAUCGAAGUAGUUUGUGCAUAUGUCGAAUCACCAAAUUGUUUUUAUGUCCAAAAAGUACAUCAUAAAUCUAUUUCUUAUGAUAAUAUGAUAAAACAAAUGACUGAAGAUUACCGCAAAACAAGAAGAACCCGAGGAAUAAUUUACAAUCCAGAUGUUGGCAUGAACGUGGUUGCACCAUUAGAAAACUUCUGGUAUCGUGGCGUAAUUACUAAAAUUCUCGAAAACAAAACAGUAGUUGUAUUCUUUGUGGACCUUGGAACAACCCAUUCCUUACAUUAUAAGAAAAUACGUAAACUAGAUUCACGUUACGCUCGUAUCACACCAUUGGCUAUUAAAGUUUCCCUCAAAGACGUCCAACCGGCCAAAGGGCAAAAGUGGUCGAUAGAAGUGAAUCAUGCUAUAACAAUGUUCAUGGAACCAAUGGCAAGAAUAUUAAUAUACGAAAAAAAAAAUGAUUGCUAUAUAGUUGAUGUUAUCAAUGAACAUAAUGAAACCUUGGCAAAUCAUUUAGAAGUGAAUGGUUAUGUUGUACCAAAAGCAAUUAAGAAAACAACAAACGUUUCUAAAAAACCCAAAAAUAAUAACAAAAAGAAAAAGGUUAGCAAACAUUUGGAUUUAUUCCAUGCAUAUGUUAAUUCAUUGACGGAUAAUAGAAAUAACUCAGAAACAAAUGAUUUUCCGAUCGCAAAAAUAAAUAAUAAAUCGAAGGAAAAACCAGAAGAGAAUGAUCCGUUUAAAGUAAGAGUAAUUAUAGAAAAAGUUGUAUCACCUGAUGAAAUUUAUGUAUCAAAGGCAAGUAGUUCGGAAAGUCCAUUUCAAACGUUACACGAGAUUGUUAAUAAUUUUUAUAUGAAAAAUCGAGCAGUCAAUUCUAUACAAUUUAAAGAAGACCUUAUUUGUGUAGCAUAUAUAGAUGAAUAUAAUGCGUAUUAUCGAGUCAAAAUAACCAAAUAUGAUCCACCGAAAAAUAUUGAAGUAAAACUUUUAGAUAUGAGAGGAAUAAAGAAAAUUGUAUCAGAAGAUAAACUUCAAGCUUUACAUAUUUCUUUUUUUGACACUCCAAUUACUUCAUUAAAAGUAAAAUUGGGAGGAAUACUACCGUGUGGUGGAACUUCAACAUGGCAAUCAACAUCUUGUGCAAAGCUUCAAGAAAUAAUUACAGAAAAUCAAAACUGUGAAUUUUAUAUAACCAAAGUAUCUACUGAAUCAGACAAAGAAGAAAAUCAAGAUGAUGAUGAUGAUGAUGAUACAAUAGUCGUUGAUUUAUAUGUAAAACAAAUUAAAAUUCAUGAUCCUCUAGCACCAGAUAAAAUUUAUUAUACUUUGGUUAAUCGUGUAUUAGUGGAAGAAGGAUUAGCUUUGCCAAUUAAAAAUUAUGAUGAAAAUAAAUCGAAAAUUUCACUAUUAAAUAUUCAACAUCACUUUGAAUGUGAUGACAACAAUCAAGAUGGUAAUUUUAUUCCUGUAAAAGACGAAAAUGAUUCAGAGCCUGAUGAUUUAUUCCAAGAUCCUCCACAUGAUCUUUCUAAAUCAUUUCCACCUAACAAAAGAUCUUGGUUACCACCGGAAAAGUUUACAGAAAAAGAAUUCAUAGCUUUUCCUACCUAUGUUGAUUGGGAUGGAUUUGUUUACUUACAUUCAAUAAAUCAAAAUAGUCAUAUAAUAAAAAAUAUUGAAAAUGACUUAAAUACUUAUUAUCAAACAAGUCAAUAUUGUCCUGAAAUUGAUUCUAAUUGGGCUCCAGGAGAUAUGUGCAUUGCUAAAUUCCGUAAUAACAUGUGGGGUAGAGCUGUAGUCCAUGAAGUGAAACGUAAAAAAAUAGCUUUAGAAUUUAUUGAUUAUGGAACUAUGGACUGGCAAGAUCCAGAAUCAUUGAGAAGAAACAUAUGUCUACAAAAUAUACCUAAACAAUGUACUAAAUGUAAAAUUUGGAAAUUAAAUCCUGCACAUGCUGAUAAAAAAUGGACUAAUGAAGAUCUACAAUUAUUACACUUUACUUUGGUAGAUAAACAGUGUAUAGCUAAAAUGUUACGUUUAUCAUCAGAGUACGUGACAAUUUCAGUUGAUUUAAUUGAGGAAGGCACUAGUUAUGAUUUAAUACCAUAUCUUAUAGAUAAAUACAAUUUAAAACUUGAUCGUUCCGAAAGUCUUGACGACCAUGGAAUUGAUGCAUGGCAAGAAAAUAUUCUAGUUAAUGGAAACGAUCCUGAUGUUAUAAUCUAUGAAUACAGUGAUGCCACUGAUGACGAUGAUAAUACAAUAAACAACUAUUUAAAUGUAGCUGAAGAUGACACUUUGAGUGAUGUGACUGAAAAACUAAAUUCAGAUUUUACUAUGGAUCUAAAAAGUGAGGACUACAGUCGUAUAGCAAAAGAAAUUGAUUAUUCUCCAGAGCUCCUAGAGAAAUUUUGUAUAGACAUAGUGGUAAACGGAGAAGCCAUUUUUUCUGACGGCAAUAAUUAUGUUUCAUUUCCUAUAUCAUAUAAUCUUGAUUCCUUUAAUGCUACUAUCAGUGAAGUAGAUCCACAGCAGCCUAAUUUAGUUUGGCUUCAUCCUCUUUCUGCACCAGGCAAUCAUUUAAUUAAUAUUUUAACCAUUAAAUAUCAAUACUUAUUUCAAGAAUUAUAUGCAAGUGCUAGUAGUCAACCGAUGUUAACUGAUUUAAAAAAAGGAGAUCCAUGUGUUGCUCUAUAUCAUGACGAUAACUGUUGGUAUAGAUGCACAAUUAUUAAUUCAGAUAUGGAUAAACUUGUUCAAGUACAAUUCGUUGACUGGGGAAAUACUGAUUGGGUUUCAUAUAACGAUAUUCGUAAAAUAAAACCUUGCUGGUUGAGUUUACCAAAAAUGGCUGUAAAAUGUAAACUUUGGAAUACUAAAUUGAAUAACAAGGCUAUUGGAGCUCGUGAAUGGCUGAAAAAAGCUUCAGCUAAUAAAGUUUUCGUUGCUUAUGUACAAAAUGUCACUCAAAAUCCAUUAGUAGUUCAAUUAUUCAGUGACUCAUUAAAUAAUCAAACUUUAUUUUAUCAAUCUUUGAUUGAUCAAGGUCUUUUUAGUUCUGAAGACGUAAAUUUAUAAGCUUAAAUUUUUAUUUAAUAAUUAUUAAGUAAGUUAUUCAAUAACUUUAUAAACCAAAACAUUCCAAAAAAAUUAUCAUUU